GAGGCCUAAUAAGGCAGGACCACAAGUGGGGUGGUGAGGAGAGGGAAAAAAGCGUCUCUACUCAACUCUUCCACAGAUACUUUUGCAGGACAGGAAAGGAGACAUGAUGAUGGAAGCGCUGGCAGUCUCCAUGGUACUUUUGAUCGGGAUAACAAUCAAUGCCACCCGUGCAGGAGACCUGGUUGACUAUACCCCUCAUCUCACUUCUGAGGAAAUGGAAGGGAAGAUCACUGCUUCCACUUUUGCCCUACAGCAACCACGUUGUGUUUUCAACAAGGUUGUCGAUCCCGCUGAUGUUAUCUGGCUGGUUGUGGCUCUUAGUGAAGCUGUGAAGAGUUUCAAAAAUCCCAAAACGCCUGGGGAUCUGCCUUACCAAUCUUUUGCCAAGAAUUAUUUUUACAUGACUUUGAACACCACGGUAUCAAACUACCCCUGUCCAGAAAAAAGCGAUGAUAUUGCCAUCCUGCGUGUGGGAAGUGAAACCGAGUGUGUUGUGGAUCUUUGGCGGCCAGAUUGUAAUGGUCCCCUCCCAGGCCCCGGACCGUACAGGGUCAGAUUCCUGGCAAUCAAUUCAACAGGCGUCGUCGUAAAAGAAUCAAAAUGGUCUGAUCCCAUCACACUGAUUCGAGGGAGAAAUCCUGACAGAAUUGUUGCCAAGCCCAGACGGCGGAGAACUGAGACAAACGUCAUUAUUACCAUCCUCUCCAUCCUCUCUGCCAUUCUUGUGGCUGCUCUCAUUGCCGCCUUCAUCUAUAAAUAUUCCAACAUUUGUGACAAACCGAUGUCUGCCGAUUUUGUGGGAAUACAGGAUCCAACCAUAGUACGCUACACCACUCAUCAAAUGCAUGAUCGGUUGUCCAUCAAGUAAUGAGCUCCUACGUUGCUGAGGAUUAGACAACGGUGGGACAGCAGGAUCACUAACAUAUUCUACAGACAUAGCUGAAAAAUCUUUGGAACGAAAUACCAGUGUGUGCUACAAUCCAUGAAGACAAAAAAUAAAAAUGAUGAAACCUGGGUCAUGAUGUCAGAAUGUAAAUCCUAGCUAUAAAGGCAAUACAAGAUGGGAUCCACCUCUAAUUCCCAUUACAAUGUAAUGUUAUAUUUAUUCUGAUGUUAAAAAAAAAACUUGAAGGGGUUUGUAAUAGGAUUUCUCUGUUUUAAAUCAUUUGUUUUCAUAAAGCAAAAUUAUGAAUAUUAUUAAGAGUAAAAUUAUAUUCUUUCACAGCCAAGAUAUGAUUGUGUUAUUUUUAUUGCAUUUCCCAAAGGAGAAUUUUUUUUAUUGGAUUUUUUAAAAUUGGAUCUCACAAGGAAAUUAAUUUUCUUAGUUGGAGACUCACAGCACUCAACACAGUGGUGAGAUUCACCGGUUGUAAUUACGCAUAGUAAUUAAUGUUAUUGUGAAAAGCUAAGAAGCCAUUAAGAAAGUGUAGGAAGUUAGCACCCACCCCUCUCCUAGAAGAAUGAAAUAUUUUAGGAAAUAUUAAAAAGGCAGAAUAUAUUUCCCUGGAUGAGAAAUGGAGAAACAUGUUUUAAAGACAAAGCAGCUUCCUGCCCCCCGACCUCUUUGUCAAUGGGCCAGAGGCAGAAACCCAAUCCACCCCGCCCUUUGUCAAUGGACCAUCAUCUGCAACACAAUAGGAUCCAUCUAGCAACAGAAACUCAUCACAUGGCACCUGGGAAGAUUGCAUCACCCCCCGCCCCCUGGGAGUCUGACAACCAAUCAGGAUACUCUUCCUGUGCCCCAGGAACAGAGAGGGCAUAAAACCAAGGCACGCUCAGCAUCUUGCCCCUUUUUCUGUUCAGGAACUCAAACCAUGUGAUCCUGUCCACCAUUAAACCAUCUUUCCAAGCAUCUUUUUCCCCACUUUCUUCCAACAAAAGAAUUCUGGCAAUUAGUGUGCAUCAAAUGCAAAUCCUAUAUACAGUGAAAUAAUACUUCAAGUUCUUUUCCACCUAUUCCUCCUGCCCAAACUGGCUGGAGGUCCAUUUCUUUGGGCAGAAGAUCUGGUUUUCACCCAUCUUUUGUUUUGGCCAUGAUCUCACAUCUGGUUGCUUUCCUCUGCCUGCAUAAGAAUUUAUUUCCACUAAGUGCUACAACUGUAGGAAGUUAGCACCCACCCCCCUCCUGGAAGAGUGAAAUAUUUUAGGAAAUAUGAAAAAGGCAGAAUAUUAUAUUUCCCUGGAUGAGAAAUAUGAGAAGCAUAUUUUACAGACAAAGCAGCUCCCACCUUCCUGCCCCCCACCCUUUGUCAAUGGGCCAUUAAGGCCUGGGCCAGUCUAUUCUACAUAACAAAGAUCUACCUCCUUCAGGCAGAGCAUAGUAGGAAUUGCCAAAGAUAGGAUUAACCCUCUACACAAUAGCAGCAGAAACUCACCACAUGUGACCUGGGAAGCACAUGUGACCAUCAUCCAGCAAGGCCCCCACCCCCUGGGAGUCUGACAACCAAUCAGGAUACUCUUUCGGGGCCCCAAGAAAUGCAGAGCCAGAGAGCAUAAAAACCCGAGGAUUUUCUGUAUCUGCCCCUUUUCUGUUCAGGAACUCAAGCCAUGUGAUCCUGUCCACCAUUAAACCAUCUUUCCAAGCA